AUGAUCUCUUCUAUGACAAGAAUAUUACGGGCUACAUUUUCUUCUAAACGUGUAACACUUCCUGAUGGUCCUUCAUUACAAGAUUUUAUUGAAGCAGGAAAUUCGAAUGAUGCUAUGGAAAAAUAUGGAAUACAGAUGAAAUUGGAAACUAAUGCUAAAAGACUACGUUUACCGCCAUGGCUAAAACGUAGCAUCCCUUCCAUGGACAAUACAAAUUUCACGCAUCUGAAAAAACAAAUGAAGAAUUUAAAACUUGCAACGGUUUGCGAGGAAGCUCGAUGCCCUAACAUUGAAGAAUGUUGGAGUGGCUCGAAGAAUGUGCCAUCAACAGCAACCAUUAUGUUAAUGGGUGAUACAUGUACUAGAGGAUGCAAAUUUUGUUCUGUUAAGACAUCACGUAAGCCACCUCCACUAAAUCCCGAAGAGCCAAUAAAUACAGCUAAAGCUGUUGCCGAGUGGGGAAUUAGCUAUGUUGUACUCACAUCUGUAAACAGAGAUGAUAUUGAAGAUGGUGGUGCAUCCCACAUAGCAGCAACCGUGCAAUAUCUAAAACAAGAAUGUCCAGAAAUACUAGUAGAAUGUCUCGUACCCGAUUUCCGCGGUUUAUUGAGCUCCGUCGAGACGAUUGCUUCUUCCGGAUUAGAUGUUUAUGCUCAUAAUAUGGAAACUGUGAGAAGGUUAACACCAUGGGUACGAGAUCCGAGAGCUACCUAUGACCAAUCGUUAAAAGUUUUGGAACAUGUGAAGAAAUUUCAUGCAGAUAUUAUCACAAAAACAUCGCUAAUGCUUGGUUUGGGGGAGACAGAUGAAGAAAUUUUGACAACAUUACAUGAUUUACGUGAAAUUGGUGUAGAUGCACUUACAUUCGGACAGUAUAUGCAACCUACUAAAAGACAUUUAUUGGUAAAAGAGUGGAUUACUCCAGAAAAAUUCGAAAAAUGGCGUGAGGUGGGAGAUAAAAUGGGAUUUUUAUAUACAGCAAGUGGUCCUCUCGUACGAUCAUCUUACAGAGCCGGUGAAUAUUUCUUGGGAAGGGUUGUGAAGAAUCGCAAACGAGAUGUUCAGAAAAAUUAG